AUGGCAUCCACGCUACCCCGCCUACCCGUCUUCGAAGCCAUCAAGAAACACGAUGCGCAGAGCACCGCUGUAGUCCACUCUUUGUCUGGGCGAUCCUUCACGUACGGGGAGCUUGUAAACGAUGUCGCUGCUGCAAAGGACAAGCUGCAACGGAAUUGCGGUGGGCAGAGCGCAGAGGGCCAACGGAUAUCCUUUCUGGUGGAAAACGGAUACGACUAUGUAGUGACGCUGCUGUCCAUCCUGGCCGCACACGCCAUCGCCGUACCGCUAUCGCCAACCUUCCCAGCUCACGAGUUGCGCUACAUCAUCGAUCAGAGCGAGUCGCUCAUGCUUCUCUCGUCUGAGAAGUUCCAAAGCCAAGCCGACGAUGUGCUCAAAGAGGGCAUGGAGACCAAGCCCAUCAAUUACAAGCAGGAGAAGAUAAUGAUGGGCAAGACCGACGACUAUGUCACGCUCGAGGAACCCACAAGUGACAAGGGCGGCAUGAUGCUCUACACAUCUGGCACAACAAACAGACCGAAAGGCGUUCUGCUGCCUCAGGACGUCUUGACGGCUCAGUCGCGAUCGCUGCUGGAAGCGUGGAACUACAGCAAAGAGGACGUGCUGUUACAUGUACUUCCCUUGCAUCACAUCCACGGCACCGUUAACGCGCUGCUUACGCCCCUCUUCGCUGGUAGCACUAUCGAGUUCCAGUUUCCCUUUAACGCAACCGCUGUCUGGGAUCGCCUGGCAGCUCCCUUCCUGCCGAAUCCCGACCCAGCCAAGAAGCCCAUUACCUUCCUUACCGUCGUCCCAACCAUAUAUACGCGCCUGCUCGCAUCGCAUCCUACUCUCUCGCCCCAACUCCAAGCCGCGACCAAGACCGCCCUCCAUCCGUCCAACAUGCGUCUAAACAUCUCAGGGUCCGCUGCCCUACCUACGCCGGUCAAGUCUGCAUGGACGGAGCUCAGCGGAGGCAACGUGCUGCUAGAGCGAUAUGGCAUGACGGAAGUAGGUAUGGCGCUUUCGUGUGGACUAGAUUUCACAGAUCGCGUCGACGGCUCUGUAGGCUGGCCGCUUCCUUCAGUGCAAGCGCGUUUGGUAGACACCGAGACUGGCGAGAUUAUACAAGUGGGUGAAGAAGUCGAUCCUGUGACAGAACGUGAACGCCAGGGUGAAAUUCAACUGCGCGGUCCGACCAUCUUCAGAGAGUACUGGAAGAACCCCGAAGCCACGUCUAAAGAGUUCACAGAGGACGCGGACGGACAAGGCAAAUGGUUCAAGACUGGCGACGUCGCUGUCCGGAGGAAUGUUGGCGGAGCAGGCAAGAGCGACCAAGCCUGGGCUAAAGGCCCUCUCUACUUUAUACAUGGACGUAAAUCAGCGGACAUCAUCAAGACUGGUGGCGAGAAGGUUUCUGCCUUGGAAAUCGAACGCGAGAUGCUUUCCCUUCCCCAAGUCGACGAAGUUGCCGUCGUUGGCCUCCCAUCAGAGGCUUGGGGUCAGAAAGUUGCUGCAGUAGUAGUGCUUUCUGAGCAAGGCAAGACCGCCGGCAAGGGCGGCAAAGCGUGGUCUGCAUUGGAUAUGAGGCGGGCGCUGAAGGAAAUACUCGCGAAUUACAAAAUCCCGCAAGAGAUGAAGGUUGUGGACACGAUCCCAAGGAACGCGAUGGGCAAGAUUAAUAAGAAACAGCUUGUCAAGCAAAUCUGGGGUGAGGCUUUGGAGGGAACGAAAGAGAACGGUGCGGUGCAGGUACCUAAUGGAAGUGUAUAG